CGGUUCCCAUUAAAACCCCCUCUUCACGGACUGAACCCCUCUGCAUAUCGCUUACAGAGAGCUUCUUCCAGUGCCUUGACAAUGGCGUCUUCAUCUUUGAUUCGGUUCCUUGUGCUUGCUUCUGUUCUUUUCUCUGCUUCUUUCAUUGAGAUCUACGCGGACGAGGCCGAGGCGAAGGAAUCUGUUCUCACUUUGGACAAUUCCAACUUCUCCGAUGUUGUUUCCAAGCAUAACUUCAUCGUCGUUGAGUUCUACGCCCCUUGGUGUGGGCAUUGCCAGAAACUGGCACCAGAGUAUGAAAAAGCUGCGUCGAUUUUGAGCAGUCAUGACCCUCCAAUUGUCUUAGCCAAAAUUGAUGCAAAUGAAGAGUCAAACAGAGAGUUGGCAGGUCAAUUUGAAAUUAGGGGCUUCCCCACUAUUAAGAUACUCAGAAAUGGGGGCAAAUCAAGUCAAGACUAUAAGGGACCUCGCGAUGCAGAGGGGAUUGUUGACUACUUGAAGAAGCAAAGUGGGCCUGCAUCUGCUGAAAUCAAAUCCGCAGAGGAUGCUAGUAGUCUCAUUAAUAAUGUUUUCAUUGUUGGGAUCUUUCCAAAACUUUCUGGAGAAGAGUUCGAUAGUUACAUGGCUUUGGCUGAGAAGUUACGUUCUGACUAUAGCUUUGGUCACACUUUGGAUGCUAAGCUACUUCCACGUGGAGAAACAUCUGUAUCUGGUCCGGUCGUCAGGCUUUUCAAGCCAUUCGAUGAACAAUUUGUUGAUUUUAAGGACUUUGAUGCAGCUAAGUUGGAGAAGUUCAUUGAAGAAUCUAGUAUUCCCUUGGUAACGGUGUUUGAUAAUGAUCCUAACAAUCACGUCUACCUUUCCAAGUUCUUCAACAGUCCUAAUGAUAAGGCUAUGCUGUUUCUGAAUUACACCAGUGAGGUUGCUGAUUCUUUGAAAUCCAAGUACCGUGAAGUUGCUGAACAGUACAAAGGAGAGGGAAUAAGUUUCCUAAUUGGGGACAGUCAAUCCAGUCAAGCUGCCCUAAACUAUUUUGGACUUAAGGAAGAACAAGUGCCUGUCCUUCUUGUGCAAAAAAAUGAUAGGUUUAAGUAUGUGAAUUUCAAUGUGGAGGCUGAUCAGAUUGCCCCUUGGAUGAAGGAUUACAAGAAUGGCAAUGUGCCUCAAUUCGUUAAGUCGGAACCCAUUCCCGAGAGUAACAAUGAACCCGUGAAAGUGGUUGUUGCUGAUAGUCUCCAGGAUAUAGUCUUUAAAUCUGGAAAGAAUGUUUUACUGGAAUUUUAUUCUCCAUGGUGUGGACACUGCAAAAAACUUGCUCCAACUUUAGAGGAAGUGGCUGUCUCAUAUGAAAGCGAUCCUGAAAUCAUCAUUGCUAAGUUUGAUGCCACCGCGAACGACAUUGCAGAUGGCGAUUUCGAUAUCCAAGGUUACCCAACUGUGUAUUUCAGGUCAGCAAGUGGAAAGCUGGUGGAUUACAACGGUGAUAGAACCAAGGAAGACAUCAUAAAUUUCAUCGAGACAAACCGUGAUAGAAUCGCCGAGGUAGAUUCAAAGCCCAAGGAGGACACAGAGGCAGAUUCAAAACCCAAGGACUCAAAGCCUGAUUCAGAAGCCAAGGAUGAGCUCUAAAAAUGGAAGUCAGCUUUUUGGUUCAUGGAGCAGACAGACCUCGUCAAGAACAUGUGGGGUAGGUGGCUGGGCAUGUUAUGUCAGCUGCUGCUACUCCCAUGGAAGUUGACAGAGUAUCAGAGUCAGCACAGAGCAUGUGAUCUCCAAAUGUCUCUUUUCCCUUCUUUUUUUGUUAUGUUUUGAAAAUAAACAAUAAUAUGCGACGCAGGCUCUUUGCUUUUCAGUUAGCUUUUACUUACUAUUAUCCUACCCGUAGUUAGUGUAACGGUUAUGUGACAGCAAAAAUAUCUGAGUUAUGUUUAAUUCACAGGCCUAGUUUAGUGUUUUAAUUUCUA